CCUCACAAAGACAUCUCUCAAAGCGUCGCCCGCAUUAUUGCUUAAACAGGUGCCGUUACGAUGUCAUCCGAACUUGCCGCUACUUAUGCCGCUCUGAUCCUUGCCGAUGAUGGCAUUGAAAUCACCGGUGAAAAAAUCCACGCCCUCACCUCUGCAGCCCGCGUUGACCUCGACUCCAUCUGGGCCACCCUUCUCGCCAAGGCGCUCGACGGCAAGAAUGUGAAAGACAUGCUCACCAACGUUGGUGGUGGUGGUGCCCCCGCCGCUGGCGCUGUUUCUGCCGCCACUGGUGGUUCCGCUGACGCCGCCCCCGAGGCCGCCAAGGAGGAGGAGAAGAAAGAGGAGGCUAAGGAGGAGUCUGAUGACGACAUGGGCUUUGGUCUGUUCGACUAAACGUCUCGCGUCGACUUCUUCAUCCGUCCUGCGUAUCCGAAGUGGUGAGAGAUGUAAUGUAGAGUCAUGCAUCUUCAUGCCUUC